CACUAUUUUCUCAACAUUCAACUCUACGUCGUUAUAUUACUUUUUCUUGCACAUCAUAAAGUUUCAAGUAGUAGUUAUAAGCAAGUAAUAGCUCUGCCAUGGCAGUCCUGAGUGUGGCUGUAUCCUCGGCUUCAACUCCUUUCAACUCAGCUGUUCAAUUAUCCUCUUCUUCUUUUACUCACGCUCCCCAUAUAAGUAAAACGGUCAAGAGAGGGAAGAAUUGUAAGGGUAGGAGAAUAUUUUGCUCUACAGGACGUGAGAAGUCUGGUGACUCGAAUACUUCUUCUAGUAAUGUUGUGUUAAAGAUUGCCUGGUAUGCCUCCGAGGCCCUCGGGGUUGCAGCCUCACUUUUCAAGCCAACAUCAAAUCCUUCUGAGCAGCAUUCACAAUCUCAACUUUUGCAGGAUGAGGUCACAGGCUCCAUUCCCCGAGAUGCCGUCGUUGACGCAAUUAGGAAUGAUUAUCAAACAUCCUAUUUUGUAACAGGAAACUUGACUAUUUCAAUCUACAAGGAAGAUUGUGAAUUUGCAGAUCCUGCUGGGUCAUUCAAAGGACUUAGACGAUUCAAACGAAAUUGUUCAAACUUCGGUUCCUUAGUAAAAACAUCAAAUAUGAAACUUAUGGAUUGGAAAGAUUUUGAGGUGAAUGCUUAUCAUAUAUAUAUAUUUUUUGUGUUUUUCCAUUCAUUAGAUAGGGCAUAAGAUGUAGUUAAGUCCUUCCCUUAAUCAAU